CUCACGGGUGGAGCGCGAACCACGGGUUAGUUCGCACACGAUCAAUGAACAGCAUGUACAACGUGUGUUCCGCUACGUAGGAGUAUGCAAUAAACUUCGUUCCCGCUUCAGUCUAUCCAAUCCGUCCAUAAACUGAUUUGGGACGUGCGCCUUUUCAGUGGAUCGUCAUGCCUAGUAAGGAAGAAGUGAGAGAGCUGUUGCGCGAUCUGGACAAGAACGGAGAUGGCAAAAUUGGCGUCAAAGAACUACAGUUAUUCAUGGAAACCUUCGGUGACAAAAUAGACAAGGCCGCAGUGGAACUAUUUAUCGCUGAUUACGACACUGAUGGUGAUGGUAAACUGGACCUGAAUGAGCUGGUGGACUGCUUGGCCGAUUAGUGGGGCCAUACUUAUUUCUUGUUCAUUCUUAGUUAUUUUAUAACCAAGUAGAGUACGAUUCAAGCUUACUUCGGGCA